GAUGAGCAGGCUGAGCGGUGAAUCCCCAUCCAGCCCUGAAACACAACGAAGCAGCAUCACAAACCGCAGCUGCUCGGCACGUUUACACUAAAACCCACUGAUCCAGGAGCAGAAAGAGAGAGAAACACACACUGCUUUACUCCAGCUCCUCAGUGGAAGGGUAGGAAAUAGUGUUUUUAUGCAGGAGCAGCAGACAGCAGGACGUGUGUGUGUCUCUCUCUAAUGUGUCCCUCCCACACAGGAAGCCAGUAAUGAAGCCUAAAGCCGAACACCUGUUAACAGCGGCCGUUGGCAGCACAGAUAACACAGUGAUCUUUUCCUCUUUAUGUGACACCAGCUGCAUAAUAAAUGCUUCAACCGUCGUUGUCCUCACCCUGGGUGUCGUUUUAGGCCCAAAUUGAACAAUAAUUUGUGUAAUAAUAUUUAUUAUUCAUAUAUAUGGACACAGUUUUGUAACAAGAGUCUCCAUGAACCCCUUUUGGUAACCUCAUGCGUAAUUCUUAUUUGGUGAUGAAGAGGAUUUGGGCAGCUGAGAGCGAGCGCAUCUAUUUCUUCAUCAUCCAUCAUAAGAAGAAGUGUGAGCCAGUGUCGUUUUAGGCCCAAAUUUAACAAAUCAAUCAUUAGUGUGAUAAUAUUUAUUAUUGAUCUCCAUGAACCCUUUUGGUAACCUUGUGCGUAAUUCAAACUGUUGUUAUUUUUGGGGAUGAGGAGGAUUUGGGCAUCUGAGAGAGAGAGCGCAUCUACUUCUUCUUGUUCUUCAUCAUCAUCCAUCAUCAUCAUAAGAAAAAGAAGUGUGAGCGGUUUCCCGACGAGCAAAGGGUUAAAAGAGGCGCAGCUAGACGGCUGUGGAGCUGAAGUCAUCCGGCAGAGCGCACAGCGAGGAGGAGGAAGAGGAGGAGGAGGAGGAGGAGGAGGAGAGAUACACAGAACACCUCCAAAAAAAACACACACACACACAUCUAGGACGAGUCAAGCUGCGGAUCUGCGCUCUGCUGUUCUCUCUCCAUCACCUUCACUGUGUUCUCUCCAAACAGUUACGCACAGAUAUAUCUCUAGAGAGAAGAGGUGGAAUGAGAGAGACAUAAAGAAAAAGACGCGCAGCUCCAACUAUGGCUCCAACGACGCUCGUCGUCCAGCCUGCCUUCUCCCAGCAGCAGCAGCAGCAGCAGCAGCAGCAGCGGGCUGUAGAGCAGGAUGAGAGGUAGAAACAGAGCGCCUCCUCUCCACAACUCUCCUCUCCUCACUCUGUCCUGAGGAGCCACGAGGAUCCACCAUCUCUCUGACCAACUUGGGAAAACUUUGCCCCUUCCACCUGGAUUAACUGAACCUGUCAGCAUCGGUGUGAUCGCAUCAAAAGUCCUGCAAAAGUCUCUCCAAAAGUCCAGUGGGCCAAGAUGCCGGUCCGGAGGGGCCAUGUGGCUCCACAGAACACCUUCCUGGACACCAUCAUCCGGAAAUUUGACAGUCAAUGUCGCAAGUUCGUCAUCGCCAAUGCAAGAGUGGAGAACUGCGCCAUAAUUUUCUGCAAUGAUGGCUUCUGCUCCAUGUGCGGUUACUCGCGUGCCGAGAUCAUGCAGAAGCCAUGCACGUGUAACUUCCUGUACGGACCUGACACCAAGCGGCUGGCCAUCGCCCAGAUGGCGCAAGCCCUGCUGGGAUCGGAGGAGAGGAAAGUGGAGAUCAACCUUUACCGCAAAGACGGUCAGUGUUUCCUGUGCAUGGUGGAUGUGGUGCCAGUGAAGAAUGAAGAUGGCGUUGUGAUCAUGUUCAUCCUCAACUUCGAGGGCAUGACAGACGACACGCCAGACCAAAAACAGGAGCUCAACCACCGCCUGCCCACCUGGCUCGUCACCGGUCGUCCACGAGGCUUCAAGCUGCGUCUCCCCCUGCUGCGCUCCUUGUCCAACAGUAAAGUGUCUCUGGACGACGCAGAGGCCGCUCACAUCCCCACCGCUACACCUAUGCCGCAGUACCCAGACCACCAAAGUCACGAGUCCCUAGGCCUGGGGGAGUUCCUGCCUCUGCCCGCUUUACCGCUAAACCACCAGGAGCCAGUCAGUGGCAGCAGGUCAGCUCUACAGAGUUGGCCAGAAGACCGCCAGGAGGACCAGCAAACCUUACUGGGCCCUGACCCUCCUGUAUCCCCUCCUGCUCCUCCUCCUCCUCCACCCCCCCACAGAGCCCACCUGGUGGGUCCCCUCACCCAGUCGUCCCCCUGCGUAGCGCCUCACCACCGCCUCAGCCUCAACCCGGACGCCUCGGGCUCCAACUGCACCCUGUCGCACAGCCGCUCGCGGGAGAGCUUCCACAGCAUGCGUCGCGCCUCCUCCGUAGACGAGAUCGAGGCCCUGAGGCCCGAUUGGGACCGGAAGAACCGCAGAGCGAGCAUCCGACCGGGCAGCAGCAGCAUGGGUGCAGUAAACAGCAAGCACAACAUAUUGAACUCCACGUCGGACUCGGACCUCAUGCGGUACCGCACCAUUUCCAAAAUCCCUCAGAUCACCCUCAACUUUGUGGACUUCAAGGCUGACCCACUCAUCGCCCUGCCCACCGGGGAGAUGGACAUCAUAGCUCCCUGCAAGCUCAUCGACCGGACGCACCACGUCACGGAGAAAGUCACGCAGGUGCUGUCUCUGGGUGCAGAUGUGUUGCCAGAGUACAAGCUCCAGGCCCCUCGCAUCCACAAGUGGACGGUGUUGCACUACAGCCCCUUCAAGGCGGUGUGGGACUGGCUCAUCCUGCUGCUGGUCAUCUACACCGCCAUCCUGACGCCCUACUCGGCCGCGUUCCUCCUCAACGACCAGGGAGAGGUAACCAUACAGAACUGUGGUUACUCCUGCUCUCCUCUCAACGUGGUGGACCUCAUGGUGGAUAUCAUGUUCAUUAUUGACAUCCUCAUCAACUUCAGGACAACAUAUGUGAACACUAAUGACGAGGUGGUGAGCCACCCGGUGCGUAUCGCCGUCCACUACUUCAAAGGCUGGUUCCUCAUCGACAUGGUGGCCGCUAUUCCCUUCGACCUGCUCAUCUACCAGAACGGAGAGGAGACCACCACUCUGAUUGGUCUGCUGAAAACCGCUCGUCUGCUGCGAUUGGUGCGUGUAGCCAGGAAGCUGGACCGCUACUCGGAGUACGGAGCCGCUGUCCUCUUCCUCCUCAUGUGCACCUUCGCCCUCAUCGCUCACUGGCUGGCCUGCAUCUGGUAUGCCAUCGGUAGCGUAGAGAGGAAUGGUUCUAUUGGCUGGCUCCACACGCUGGGGGACCAACUGGGAAAGCACUACAACAGCUCCGUCCUAGGUUCAGGACCCUCCAUCAAAGACAAGUACGUCACAGCUCUGUACUUCACCUUCAGCAGCCUGACCAGCGUGGGAUUUGGAAACGUGUCCCCAAACACCAACUCUGAGAAGAUCUUCUCCAUCUGUGUCAUGCUCAUAGGAUCCCUGAUGUACGCCAGCAUCUUUGGGAACGUGUCAGCCAUCAUCCAGCGGCUGUACUCGGGCACGGCCCGCUACCACACCCAGAUGCUGAGAGUCAGGGAGUUCAUCCGCUUCCACCAGAUCCCCAACCCGCUCAGGCAGAGGCUGGAGGAGUACUUCCAGCACGCCUGGUCCUACACCAACGGCAUCGACAUGAAUGCUGACGAUGUGAAGACUUUGUCUCAGCAUGCAUGGUCCGACAACAUCAGAGAAAAUAGGAAUGAUGUGCUGAAAGGUUUCCCAGAGUGUCUCCAGGCAGAUAUCUGCCUCCAUCUGAACCGGACGUUGCUGCAGAACUGUAAGGCUUUUAAAGGCUCCACCAAGGGCUGCCUCAGGGCGCUGGCCAUGAAGUUCAAGACCACCCACGCACCCCCGGGUGACACUCUGGUCCACGCCGGGGACGUCCUCACCGCCCUCUACUUCAUAUCCAGAGGAUCCAUAGAGAUUCUGAGAGGAGACGUGGUGGUAGCCAUCUUGGGGAAGAACGAUAUCUUCGGCGAGCCUAUCAACCUGUAUACCCGACCAGGUAAAUCAAACGCUGAUGUGAGGGCUCUGACCUACUGCGACCUCCAUAAAAUCUUCAGAGAAGAUGUUCUGGAGGUGCUGGACAUGUAUCCAGAGUUCGCAGACCACUUCUGGAACAACCUGGAAAUCACCUUCAACCUCCGAGAUACCAACAUGAUCCCAGGCUCUCCGGGCAGUGAUGACUCCAACUGUGGGGGAUUCAACAAAUUACGCAGACGCAAGUUAUCAUUCCGAAGACGUACAGAAACAGAUGAUGCAGAUGCUGGAGAAAUGAAAAAGUCGCAUAAGUCUGUGAGACGGAGACACAGGGAAGCAGCAAACAACCAAAAACAGGAGGAGGCACCUAAGAGGCAGUGGCAGGCACAUCGGGACUCAGUGUCUUCACACUCCAGUGGUGAUGAGGGAGGGCAGUCCAUUGUGACCAGACUCGCCCCUCCGCCGGUAAUGCUGGAGAAUCCGCAUGUUCAGGCCAUGCCCAGGAACUUUAACGAGAACACUGAGGGGGACGGAGACCCCAAGACUGGGAACACCUGCAACGCCCUGUCAGGUGCAUUCUCAGGUGUGUCCCACAUCUUUAGUUUCUGGGGGGAGAGUCGGGGGGGCGGUCAGUACCAGGAGGUUCCCAGCUGCAGCCUGACCUCCCCCCCGCCCCUCAACACGCCGCUGCACAGCCUGAGCCGCCAGCAACGCAACCAGCUGGACACACGCCUGGACCUGCUGCAGAAACAGCUCAACAGGUUGGAGAGUCGCAUGUCAACGGACAUCGGAGCCAUCAUGCAGCUGCUGCAGAGACAGAUGGCCCUGGUACCUCCGGCCUACAGCGCCGUCUCAUCGCCACCUCAGGUCUCACCCUACCCUGGUACCGGCCCAGGACCAGGUCCUGGAGAGAGACUGGUCCAGCCUGUUACACCUCUGGAGACAGACAGCCUGGCCUCCCUCUCACAGAUCUUGGAUCCCCAGCACUUUGAGGAGUUCCCAGCCAGACCGCUUGACUCCCCGCAGCCCCAGGACACCCCGCUGAUCAACACCGACCAGGGCCAGCUCGCUCCCUCUGGACUGGGCAGCCUGGGGCAGCAUCUGGAGCUGGAGCUGGGCCUGGGCACCGGGGCUGGAGUCGUUCCUGGGGUUCCAGCUGUGGGUUCAGGUGUAGGGAUAGACUUAGGGAGCGGCGGGGCAGUGGCGGGGUCAAGCUUAGGAGCAGGGUUAGACUUUGGUUCAGGGGUGUGUAUGGGGGCUGCAGGGGUUGGGCCAGCAGCUGGAACAGGGGCAUCGUCCCUGGAUCCUGAAACCCAAAGGAGGCUGUCCCUCCAAGAACCACAGACACCUCUGGACUCACGGACACCACAGAGACACAGCUCUGACCCAGGGGGGAGCUAAGGAAGAGGGGAAGGGGGGGGAGGAGGGAAGGGUACAGAAAGAGCCCCUCCUGUUUCCACCGUUCCUCGUGGCACUGUGGCGAUCAAGAGGCACCUACUGUACCGGCCACCUUCAGGGCACCCUGCUACUGUAUCUUCACUGCUGAAAGUUCACCUCUGACCUCUUAAGAAAAGGACACACAGCUCACAGAGAGUGAAGCCAGCCCCCUACCGUGGAGCUUUCUGAACUCCACAACGGUACAACCUUUAACCAAAACCACAAAACAGAGCAGAGAGGAGCUCUGCCACUUAAUGAACACAGUCUAGGUUGACCCAGACGGAUCCGGUCUGGACCUCUCAGUCAUUCUGCUGAAGGAUGACACUUCACACACACACACACACAUGAAUGACUGCUGUCCUGUAGAAGAAUCCCUUUACUGCUGAAUCCAGUGUUGGAUGAGGAACAAGACAACGACGGACAGAAUGACGACGAAACAAGUAGCCAUUUACGUCUUGCACUGAAAAACCCUAUUGAUAUAAUAAUUAUUCUAUUCUAUUAUGUCCGCGGCGCUUCCGAUAAACUCACAAACCGGUUGGUAAAUCGUAGUGUUAGCUGGCCUAACAGGAAACCUGCUGUCCUGUUCUGUCAUUGGUUCCUUCCCCCUGAUGUCCUGCCCCCCGAGAGGCGGAGAUAACGCUCCGUCCCCCCUUCCCAAGAGCACACUGGAUUGGCUGGUUUGCACCUCAGGGGUGGGAACUGGAGGGUUAAAAGCCAUGAAUUUUUCUCGAUGAACAUAUCAGCUGCGUGACGAACACACAGGUAAACUGGCAAACCACGAGAACAGUGCACCAAAAACAGCUAACUAUAAAUAAUAAAACAAGCAGGAAACCCCAGUUUACUAAUUCCAUGAGCUAUGUUGUGACCUUUUAUAGACCCUUUUUUGUGUGGACGUCAUGAUUACGUCACGGCGUUAGCUGGAGGCUAAACAAAGGAAAUACUGGAGGCUAAACACAAGCAGUGGGCUAAAGUAACACAUCUAAAAUGUCAUCUUUCCUGUGUUGUUGGGCGCCAGAAUGGAGAUAUCACAUACAUUUGAUAUGACAAACUGUGAUUUGAGGGCUCUAGUGAGCUACAAUAUUGGCAAAACAUUUAAGAGGUGGAGAGAAAAUGUCGCUAAUAGUUAGCCGCAACCAAUGACUCAUGGCUGCGGUUAGCAGAAAGCUAACUAUUAUCAACCCUUUCUCUCCAUCUAUGAAACGCUAUGCUGAUGAUGUACGACUCUCUUUUUGACUGACUUUACUGAAUGAUAGUUAAUUAUAGGCGUCCAAAGAUUUAUACACCCUAAAUGUAUCUUUUCAGCGCUGCCGUUGGUCACCAGCCCGCUGCUGGUCGGACGGCUGGCUACUUAGCUAACUUGCUAAUUCCAAAACACAGAAAAUGAGCCGAACAAAGUUGUCACUCAUCUGGCGAUAGCACUGUGCUUUCCUGCGCUGUGACAAGAGUGUGUGGAUGAAGCAUUAAGUUGUUAAAUAAGGUUAACUUUCUCAACUCACACUCGCAGUCCUGGAGAGUGAGUGACAGUACAUACUGAGAGAAACUAGUAUUUUCUUCAGCGAUUGUUAAAAAAUAAAGCUUACAAAACUUGCUAGCCAGCGUUAACUAAUGUGUUCAGAGAAUUAUUACACUUAAUGCUUCACCCACAAAAUACGUCAUCAUGUGUACUAACAGAAAAUGGGUCUAUAAAGAAACAGAGAGGUUAUGAUGAUAUGAUGACAUGAUACUGGCCUGCUUCAAUCAUUUCUAAAAAUCAAAGCACGCAUAAAGAGAAAAAAAAAAAAAAAGGUUGAGUGAUUCUAGUUCAUCAUAGUUGAAUUUGCUACCUCAGAUUUCAUCGGUCCUUACUUUUAUUUCCACCUGAGCAAGCACCCAGAAUGCUUUUCACCUUGUACAUACCACUUUGUCAUGUGAUCCGUAGAUAUACAAGUUUGCCAGUUUACAACGACCAGCCGAAUGCGCCAUUAUUCUAUGUACAGUACAAUAUGCAAACACUGGCAAGAGUGAGUGUGCUUUAAUCUUAUUAUGUGUGUUCAGGUCUGAACCUUUUUACGUGUUUUAAGUUUGUCCUGGUUUGCAGAGCAUGGCGUAUAUAUACACACUGUAGAGGGUCACUGGAUUCUAAUGUCUACGACACUUUUGUUUUCUUUGCCCCAAACUAAUUUUAGAGGCUUGUUUAAACAGGCAAAUGACAGAUUGAGUGUUUUUGAAUCUAGACAGCACAAAUAAAAACCCUUUACAACGUAGGUUUUAAAAUAGAGGUCAUCCAAGACUUUUCAAUACUACAGCAGUAGUGAUCCCAGGAUGAACAGAUUGUACUUUAGCACCACUGUUUUUGGGAAUGCUUUAUAUUAAGUAUCAUUACCUCCCAUUUUGAAGUCCUCAGAUACACAUCUGAUCCUCAUGCCACGUUAUUGAAGCUAAAUUAAAUUCCUUUGUUUUCA